AUGGUUAGUGUGUGUGAGGUUGGUGGAGACUGAUAUAACUAAUUCCAUCUCAUUCUUUUAUUUCAUUUUAGCUAACGAAGAAGUCUCAGGUUUGCCUCUGGUAAAUAAUAUAAAUAAGCCUGUCUACUGUAUCUGGCCACUGUGUUCUUAAUCCGCUUUCACUGUCCCUCAGCGCUCUUAAUCCGCUUCAACCGUCCUUCAGCGCUCCCAAUCUGCUCUUAAUCCGCCCCAACGUCCCUCAGCGCUCCCAAUCUGCUCUAAAUCCGCCCCAACGUCCCUCAGCGCUCUUAAUGCGCUUCCACCAUCCCUCAGCGCUCCUAAUCUGCUCUUAAUCCGCCCCCAGCGCUUUUAUUCCGCCUCCACCAGCCCUCAGCGCUCUUAAUCCGCUUCCACCGUCCCUCAGCGCUCUUAAUCUGCUCUUGAUCCACCCCCAAUGUCCCUCAUCGCUCUUAAUCCACUUCCACCGUCCCUCAACGCUCCUAAUCUGCUCUUAAUCCGUCCCCAGCGCUCUUAAUCCGCUUCCACUGUCCUUCUGCGUUCUUAAUCUGCUCUUAAUCCGCCUCCACCGUUCCUCAGCGCUCUUAAUCUGCUUCCACCGUUCAGCACUCUUAAUCCGCUUCCACCGUCCCUCAGCGCUCCUAAUCUGCUCUUAAUCCGCUUCCACCGUCCUUCUGCGCUCCUAAUCUGCUCUUAAUCCACCUCCACCAGCCCUCAGCGCUCUUAAUCCGCUUCCACCGUUCAGCGCUCUUAAUCCGCUGCCACCGUCCCUCAGCGCUCCUAAUCUGCUCUUAAUCCGCACCCAGCGCUCUUAAUCCGCUUCCAACGUCCAUCAGCACUCCUAAUCUGCUCUUAAUCCGCCCCCAGCGCUCUUAAUCCGCUUCCACCGUCCGUCUGCGCUCCUAAUCUGCUCUUAAUCCGCCUCCACCAGCCCUCAGCACUCUUAAUCCGCUUCCACCGUUCCACAGCGCUUUUAAUCCGCCCUCACAGUGUGAGCCAUUUCUCCCCCCCCCCAAUGCUGUGUGCUCCUCACUCAAUGUGAGCUCUUUUUCAGGAGGGAUUUGACCGUGCAGGAUUUGGAUGUCCUACAGAAAACAAAUCACAUAGAGGAAUUUCACAGGUACCAAUAAUAUUUAUAUAUAAACAAUAGGUUUUCCUUUGUCACUGGUUGCCACGCUACGGCAAGCGAUACGGAAUCUGUUGGCGCUAUAUAAAUGGCAAUAAUAAUAAUAAUCUUAGUUUACCAGAUUUACCCGGUGCACCAGAGCCUUAGCAAGGCUGUAAAGGUGCCCCAUGCAAUGAAUGUAGUACGACACCCUUACCAGGCCUGAGCUGUGUCUAGUGAGAUAGCGUUCUCCCAUACAGCAUACAAAAUGGUUCUCCUCAUGGCUGUGUAUGGGCUUAGUUCACACUAUAUCCACUGUUCUGCAGUACUUUAUUCUUUGCAGUUACUAGUAGUGAUUUUUAAUGGGACACUCCAAGCAUCAUGAACUUUCUCCCAGAUUCAUCUUGCAUGGAGUUUACCAGUGCCUGUCUUCACAUUAAGAGCUAUAAACCCAUCCCUUCAAUGUAGUCUUAAGUGUCUGUUACUAAUUGUGUCUUUGCUUGAUGUCAUUAAGUGUUCGGUGCCCAAGAGUAGAAACUGAACGGAGAAAUGCUUCGCUGAAGACUCCCUGAUAGGCUCAGACUGCCUGCUUCUCUUUAGCCUUUUCCUGUUUAGUGAUGGCUCUGGGUAUAGGCUAAGUCUCAUAGCUCUGCCCUUUGCAAUUUAGGAAUUUACAUAUAAGACUGGGUCCUAUGUCCUAUGAGAUGUUUUGAUAAUCAAUAUAAAUUUUUUGUAAAGAUUUUAUGUUUAUUAUUUAGAAGUGAAGUAACCUCUUAGUCUCCCCCAGCCCCCCCCUCCCUGCUCCUAUUUAUAAACACUUGUCCAGUGUUCACUUGGUUUGUCCACAGGACUCUGUCACAAAUUCUGGGUAUUGAGGGCAGUGUAUCGGAGUGGCAUGCCCCCAUCCUCCUGGACUUGUUUUACUACACAUGGAGAUUCUGCCAGCGCUGCAGGUUCAGCAAAGAGCAAACCUCGUGUUUGUUCUCCAUCGUCAAAGAUACUCAUUCUGCGUGUGCUGGUGAGAGUCAUCGUCCUCAUUCACUAACACUAUAUGUAUGUUAUCUGCACUCACUAACACUCUCUGUAUAUUAUCUCUGCUCAUUGACACUCUCUGUAUAUUAUCUGUACAUUAUUCUUCUCUUUCCCCCUUAUAGCGGAGUCCUAACAGGGACUCUUCUCUGCUGGUUACUCCCAAAUACAAACAGAAACAAGUAAAAUAAUUCAAGGGUCUCCCACUAACUCCCCAGCAACUGGACGACACACAGCUCUAGGGAUAUAACUGAAUUUUGACACAUACACAGCUUUUAUGCCCAGUCCCAUGUAAGGGAUUUCACAUGCAGGGUUUUCAAUCGCAAGAUCCCCUGUGCCCGAGAGAUAAUUGCCUGAGUAAACUCCUAAUUUAAUUAUCUUUAAUGCACAAAAAAUCCACAAAAUAUCCUGUACCCCAAAAGUCCCCCAACCAUACCUGGGCACCCCACAAAAAGUACAUUCCCUGAUCCCCCCGACCUGACCAACAUAUCUAAUUUUCACUCAUCGGUUUGGUAGAACAGGAAUGCCAUUGUGUGGAAGUUUUGAGUGGCUAGACACGAGAUGCUAGCCAAAAUAGUUCCAGGGAAAUAUGUGUCUUGGCAGGUCUCCGUUCGUGGGGGUCUCCCAUGCAAAAACCAUACAAGGGAAUCUCUCUUUCAGGGUACGAAUGCUCGCUCUGUUCGGUAGUUUAUAUCUCCCGAACGCCGUUCGUGUAGUUGGUCGGGAACGGGUAGCGGUGGACAGUUUACUGGUGUUCGCGCGAGUGCCUAGCUGAAAAUAGUUCCAGGCACUCGACGACCAAGUACAGCUGCCCUCGUUCGGGAGACAAGAUUACCGCCAUUCUCUCAGCCACGUGUUCGGUAAUAAGAAACGGUGGCCACCCAGGGGAAGCACUCAUUAAUGGUUUCCAUUGUGGUUUCACACUUAAGUGGUUGGUGCCAACAUUCUAAUGGGCCACAGGGGUGGUCCUUGUUCAGGAGACAAAUGGAAUCCGUUCAUAUUAUGUCUCCUGAACGGCCAAAGAUGAACCACACAAAGUGACAGGGGAGAUACAUACAGCCAAUAUAGGGGAUAAAAAUGAGCUUGCAGAUGUCCAUUCUGCUACACCUCUCACUUCCUUCCUCUCUUUCUCCUGUACAGUCAUAUUAGGCUAACGCGUUUCUCCUGUAGGCUGUGCUGUAGGAAAUCCUGAUGACUGCUUCAGACAUUUUCAAGAGCUGCUGCGCUGUCAUGCAGUCCAUGUAAGUGUGUGUGAAUUGCGUCUGCGUAGGACUAUGUGACACAUAGUGUAUAAAAAAAUAACUUUUAAUGCAAAGUUUCUAAACCAAUUGUAAAACCAUCAUAAUCACAGUAUUUGUACACCAUGACUAUAGAAAGCUUAUUUCAGCUUUACACUACCACGGAGCUGACAAAGAAUAUAGAAAGGAAGCUAUAGAACCGGCCUAUAGACUUAAUGGUUGUUGUGCCGUGGUGAUUUGGCACGGUCUGGGUGCGUUGUCUGGUGAUACCCUCAUGAUUUUGUGUAGUUUUGGUAUGCCAAACCUGUCAAGUUACUAUUUUUUUUCUUUCAUUGUACUUCCACAGCGACCCCCGUUUAGUGUGAAUCUCUUUACACAGCAGCAGAUCGAGCACAUUUCAGGAUACUUUCUAAAUACAUAUUUUCGCCAUUUUAAACUCUACAAAUAUGUCUUCACACCACAGGUAAGUCUGCAGACCUGUUAGUUUCUCUCCAUGCACCACAAUCACUACAGUGUGCUGAAAUGGUUAUAGUGCCAUUAGUGGCCUAGCACCCACUUUUGUAAACAGACCACUUUAGCUCAGGGAACUUCAAACCUCUCUUUUGGAAGUGUUGGAGUCGGAGAGCGCCUAAUAAUGUGUUCUAGAAUAGAUUUAAACUAUACACUUAAUAUACAAGGAAUGAAUGAUUGUGUGUACACCAGGAAUUGUAUGGAUAUUCCUGUUGGUUUAACGAUGGGUAACUGUGGCUGGUUUUACAGGUGCGGCUGGAUCUCGACAUUUCAUAUAACAGUAUCCCUGAACCAGGAAUAAGACGGGACCAGGACAUGUUUGAUGCAUAGCAGUCUGUUAAAAGACCGCAGGGAGGUCUGCUAUAAUUUCUACGUUAUUAAUUUUUUCCCUAUAUUUAACACGUUUGUGGGGUGUGAACAAUAAAAUUAAAUGUAGAAACCCACAGUUCUAUGUUGAUCUGGGCACCUCAAUCAUAUCCAGCUGUCAGUCAUUGUUAAAAACUGACCUUUGCAGCUCGCUUUCAGCAUGGAGGAAAAGGGAGAUACAGAGACUAUAUAUAGCACAUUUAGUCUCGUUGUGUAUUUAUUAUAGUGUCUCUUCAAAAUUAUCUAAGACGUGUCUGCUCCUUUCUGCCUAAAUUCUGAGAGAAAAAUAAAUCUAAACAAACACUUAAAUUUAGAGAGGCAGAAAACAUAAGUUAAGAAAAAAAUUUUAUACAGUGAGCGCCCUGUCAGUGUUUCCUUCUAUCUUCCCGCAGGGUACACUGAGAGCUGAUUGUAUACAGUGAGCGUCCAGUCAGCGUUUUCCUUCUAUCUCCCCGCAGGGUACACGGUGAGCUGAUUGUAUACAGUGAGCGCCCUGUCCGCGUUUUCCUUCUCUCUCCCCGCAGGGUACACGGUGCGCUGAUUGUAUACAGUGAGCGCCCUGUCCGCGUUUUCCUUCUCUCUCCCCCCCGCAGGGUACACGGUGCGCUGAUUGUAUACAGUGAGCGCCCUGUCAGCGUUUUCCUUCUCUCUCCCCGCAGGGUACACGGUGAGCUGAUUGUAUACAGUGAGCGCCCUGUCAGCGUUUUCCUUCUCUCUCCCCGCAGCGUACAGGGUGCGCUGAUUGUAUACAGUGAGUGCCCUGUCAGCGUUUUCCUUCUAUCUCCCCCCGCAGAUUACACGGUGCGCUGAUUGUAUACAGUGAGCGCCCUGUCAGCGUUUUCCUUCUAUCUCCCCGCAGGGUAGACGGAGUGGUGACGAUCCCCAUGGAGUAAGCUGCCAUAAAGUAAGAAUGAAAUAAAGGACAUUUAGAAGUGACAGGGCACCACAAGAAAAGUGAAUAAACUGUUUCAAUCGGGGCAGUGCUUGCUGUUUUCACUUCUAGUUUAAGACAACAAGUUUGGCUCCCAAGAAGCCAAUCCUCUUACAUAUGAUCAGUCAUUAAAUCCAACUCCAGCAUCAGUCUUGUCCUGCUUGCUAUUUUCAGUUGCUGAGGCACGGAACAGGAAAGGGUCAUGUGUCCUGGGUGCUCAUCGGAUGGUUCUCUAGAUCUAGGAGUACAAGCACAGGGGCCAGGCCCAUGCACAAAGAACAUCACCGCAACACCCAGACUACUACCUUCCACAGCUCACCUGCUGUUAUAGACUAUAAUUCUUAUGAUGGGUCAACGUUUUAUGACUAAGCAUUUUGUAUUUAUAGCACAACCCAUAAAAUGAAUCCCACCUACUUAGAUGGGUGAAAGAGCACACAGGAGGCAAAGUUACUAUUAUUUAUUUCACAGAAAGGAAGAGGGGAAAAAAAAUAAGGAAUUAACCUGCUAACUAGAAACAACAGCAGGUGAUACCAGUCCUUGACAUUCUUGUAUUCUCGACACAUAGUACUUUCCCUGGUGCCUUGGGGUUCUUCACAACCUAAGCAGCGAUUGCCGUGGUACAUGUAAAAACGCUAUACAGUGGAAUGUGAUCUCAUACCUCAUGGUAGUAGGGUUCACAUUGAUCAAACACCCAAUGCCAUUGUUGUCAGUCCCUUCCCUGAUCAGGAAGAGAUGCAAGUUCUGGUUUGGAUAGAGGUCUAGUUUUACCCCACUGUGUGGUCUUUAGUACUAGUCCAAUAAGGUAGAACUUCUCCCGUGUGUCACGCAGAUCCACACUCUUUAUGAGAGGUUAAUACACAUUGGACCUACCACUCCUCAAAGUUCUUGGAUGUUCUACAAACCUCAGAGCUCUCCCUCCCGCUCAUCAUCCUCCCCAAAUGUGAGCAGGAGCGCCUUGGGUUGGUUCUGAAAGAGAGCAGCCCUGUUCUGCCUUUCUCCCUUUUUCACCCAGUGACCAUAAAUGCGGAAAGCACAGGCGUCGAUCAAUUUACGGACACCUUUCACUCCAUAGGGGUCAUGUGCGAGGAGCAGACUGGUAACGGGUCUUGCUUGACGCCAUCUUAUCAAAAUGCGAACACAGGCCAGGGCCGCCAACGCAGCAACCUGUAAAAAGGCAAAUACACUACAAUGCAGCAAUAAAGAUGGGUAGGAGCGGGACUAGCUGUUGGGAAGGACACUUACCCGAAAGCGCUGCCGUGGACGGACAGUGAUGCCUUGCUCUCGCUGGUGGCUCUGAAAGAACGCAUGCUGUAAUGCUUGCUCUGCUGUGAGUCGCUUCGCAGGACAAACCUCCAGUAGACGGGAAAUCUAAGAUAAAACAAAUUCU